CUACAACACAAAUAUCAAGUCAACACAACAUCCAACAAUCUCUCAAGCCCUACACAAGCACCACAAACAGUCCACAACAUGGCGAACACACGAUCCAAACCACCGGCUGCAGGCCAGCCCACUCACCAAGCCACAGGCUACCACACCAAAGAAUACCUUGAGCUCGAAGCAUUAUUUGCCCAUCUCGACACGGGACAGGAUGAUGAUGACAUCCCGGACUCAGAACCCAUCUCGUCAUCAAGCCACACCGAGGAACCACAGCCAUCCCAACGACAACAAAAGACCGCCAAAAGAAAAGAGAGGCGGCACGCGGCAGAGACGUGCACCGCUUGGUUUCACCACUCCCGGAAUCCAGACGCGCAGCUUAAUAAGCAGAAACGACUUGUCCGCGCAGAGGAGCGUAGCAUGGGCACGUCGCGCACUGAACGCUGGUCUUGAGGAUGAGAGGUAAGAGUGCUGAGUUUGGGAAUGUCUGACUGAACUGCUGGUCUCGGUUCGCUGCAGCUUGACCUUGUGUACCUACUAUACGGUACGAGAUUGACGGUAAGAAGAUCUGGAAAUGUCUUGGAGUAAUCUGCUGAUGGUAUCUAGAUGCUAUCGAUACCCCCCUUUCCUUUUACGGAUUUCCUUGAUUCCGCGUCAGAAAAUAUAUAAAACC